AUGUCUGGGAAUAAUGAUGCUCGCUAUAUCACUGCUCUCAGUAAACGGCUCCUUGAUGGAAUCACUUCACGAAUUCCUCAUACUGUGCUUAAUGGAGAUCCAGAUAUGCGUUAUCCGGGCUGUCUUAAUCUCAGUUUCGCUUUCGUUGAGGGUGAAAGUCUUUUGAUGGCUCUUAAAGAUGUCGCUCUCUCAUCUGGCAGGUAG